AUGUCAAUCCCCCACUUUCCGCCCACAGCUGAAAAACUUUCUCGGGAGUCGGCCAUCUACGCACUUGCUCCCCACAAAACAGAUUUGCUGUCGCGUAAAAAGAACAACACCUUAGGGCCGUUUUGCUCGACACCAUCACCAACGCCAUCAACGCCCCCACUCGCUGCCCACUACCUCGCAACUCCUCUCCUAACAGAUCGGAAGUUAAUCCGCCAAGCAGCACUCGAAGAAGCUACGACACGUGCUAAAACACGCUCCCCGCUUAACACCUCUCCAUCUGCAGAGGCAUCCUCCUCAAGAUCAGCCGCGGCGGAACUAUCAACGGAAGCAGGAGCAGAGAUAGAAGAGCUGUCUGCUGUGUACGAAGAUGAGAAAGCCCGAAACGAUGCAUUGGCGAAGAUGCUUGAUAAGAGAAUAGAAGCACUAGCACAAAGCACAAGACUCGACACAGCAAAAGACAACGACCAAAAGAAACGCGAACUUGAAUGGCAGCAACUCGAAUACGCCAUCCAAUCACUCGAAAAGGAGAACCAACAUGCACCGCCUCUCGAUUCUUCAGCAGUCCUCGACAUUCGCACACGGGCAGAAUUGCACGAUCUCAACCUUCAAUACGCAUCUGCUCUGGAAAAGCUCAAGGUGGAAUUAGCUUCUGAACGCGAUGCCCUACUACGGGAGACUCAGCUUCAAUCCGAUCUAGAAAUCGUCCAGACUGGACUCGAAAAGAGGCUGGCGCAACUGCAACGCAAAAAGGGGCAAGAUUUGACUUCGGAGGAGUUAAACCGGAAAUUCAAAGCGCAAGAAUCGAGGUUCAAAGAGUUACUCGCUCAACUCAUCGACAUGGGCAAUGCUCUGUUUGGUAGCGAUAAUCGUAAAGUAGUAACAUUGAGGCAUUAUUUGGAUGAAUUUAUGAAUCAGGCUUGGGAUAAACCUCUGGAUCCUUGGGUAAGUGCAGGGAAGCUAGCGUUGAGGAGAACGGUGAUGGGUGGUGUGCGAACCUGUGAGAUUGCCGGAUUCGGAAUGGGAGGAAAGACGCAUCGACUCGGUUGCUCUCGCUCCGAUGCAAGGGCAUCCGUUGAUAAGGGCGCGCAAAGCGGGGUUGAUGUCGCUUAG